AUUAGUUUGAAGUAUUAAUUAAAAUAGUUUUAAUUAGUUGCAUUAGUUUUGUAUCCAUUAUUAUAUUGGUUGUCAAUUAAUAUUUGUUACAUUUUUAACAUGGAAGGGGGUAGAUAUUCGGUUGAUUUGGGUAACCUCCAACGCAAUCGGAGGAACGAGAUUGGGAGGAAGAAAUCCCGCAAAGGUAAAGAACUUGCCGGUUCUUCAUCUCAAAGCCGAGAUGAUUUUGAAACGGGUUACCAAAGGCGAGAUGGAGAUGCGAUGUCCGAAGAACAACUCCAACAAGAAUUGGCCCAACAUAAUAACCGCUUUCUACAACAACAACAAAUGCCGACGACCAUUGACGAAGAGGAGCUUGAGGAUGAAGAUGCGGAGGAAUUGCAACCGGAGACGGCCGAGGAGGAGGGUGCCGGCAGCCACGACGCCGACGCGCCUGCCUCAUCCCAAACCGCCACCGGUAAUAAAAAAAGUAAGUCUGAACUAAUGAAAAAUAAUUUUGAUAAAUGGAAGGACCCACAAACCGGCUAUUGGCACGCAACUUGCAAGUGGUGCAACAACAAUUAUAGUUUGGGAACCUCCGGCGGAUACGGAUCCGCCGCAAGGCAUCUUAAGGCAAAGCACCCCGUGGAGUAUGCAAAAUUAGGCGGCGGAACGGGGAAGCAAACUCAAAUAUCGAGAAAAUGAUGACUUUGACGUUCUAGACUGGUGGAAGUCAAAAGAAAGAACGUUCCCGAUUUUAGCACGGAUGGCUAAGCAAGUACUAUCAAUGCCGGUUUCAAAAGUUGCUGUGGAACAAGAAUUUAGUUCGGCCGGCAACGUCCUAACGGCAUCUAGAUCGAGAUUGAGCGCGGAGUCUCUUGAGACGCUUAUAUGCUACCACGAUUGGUUGAAGGCCGCACGUAGAACUCAAGAAUUGAGCAUCACCCCCUCUCAAGAUUUUAUGGAUGACUCAACAAUCGAUGGUGGCUCUACCUAUGCCGGAGAUUCCGAUUGAUUAGUAUUUUAGAAUUUAUUAUAAAAUGUAUUUUAUAGCACUUGUCAAAUUUAUUUAUACUUGUACUUCAUAUUUCAAAAUUGUAAACGUGUACUUCAUAUUUCAAAAUUGUAAAUUUGUAGUUGUACUUCAAAUUAAUUUGUAAACUUGUACUUCAUAUUUCAAAUAAAUAUGUGUUCAC